GAUCACUAUAUCUUCUUCAUUCCUCACACUCCUCGAAUUUUCGCGUCCAUAUUGAUCAGAAUUAUACAGUCUCCCCAAGCACCUCGUCACCAUGGCUCCCGAGAAGUACUCAUACAUGAGCAACGUGUGGAGAGAUGACAUCUUCAGUGCAGAACAAAGUAGUCUUCUGCACCGGGGGUGCCGGCACCAUCUGCUCCGCCCAAGUACGCGCUAUGGUCGCCCUCGGCGCGAACGCCUGCAUCAUCGGGCGCAACGUCGAGAAGACCGAGUCCAUGGCCAAAGACAUCGCAACCGUCCGCUCCGGCGCGAAAGUAAUCGGCAUCGGCGCCGUCGACGUGCGCAAGCCAGAACUGCUACAACAAGCCGCAGACCGCUGCGCGAAGGAGCUAGGCAGCAUCGACUUUGUGAUUGCGGGUGCGGCAGGCAACUUCUUGGGCGACGAUUGAUCAGAUCAGCCCGAAUGCGAUGAAGAGCGUGAUUGAUAUCGAUGUGCUGGGCAGUUAUAAUACUGUCAAGGCCACGCUCCCGUAUCUCGCCGAGUCUGCUGGAAAGCACAGGACAGAUGGCAAGACGGCGCCGGCGAAUGGGACGGGCGGACGCAUCAUCUUUGUCUCUGCGACGCUGCACUAUGCUGGUACGCCGCUGCAGUCACACGUGAGCGUGGCAAAGGCGGGUGUAGAUGCCAUGGCCAUGAGCAUCGCAAUCGAACAGGGCCCCAAGGGUAUCACAUCGAAUGUUAUUGCGCCUGGCCCGAUCGCGGACACAGAGGGUAUUGAGAGGCUGAGCAAGAAGGAGACUAGAGAGAAGAGCUACAAGGCUGUGCCGAUUGGGAGAUAUGGUACUGUGAAGGAGAUUGCGGACGCGACGAUUUAUCUGUUCUCAGAUUCUGGCAACUUCGUCAACGGAGAGACUCUAGUCGUCGACGGUGGACAGUGGCGCACAGCCGGAUUCGCCAACAGCUUCGAGUACCCCGACUUCCUCCUUUCAGGUCAAACUGUGACCGGCGUAGCAGGCACAAAGAAGUCAAAACUGUAGAUCAGAAUCAACGUUAUCUUUCAGCGCUUACUUGUGGCGCAAAA